CUCACUUUACGCGCUUCUUCUAUUGGUUUGUUUGCAUAAGAGCGUCCUGAGCCAAGAGCGUACCACGUGAUUUCUACUAGUGGGCGUGGCCAGAUUGGUGGAGGUGGAGUCACCGGCAGAAAUGAAGCUGAACAUUGACGGGUUGCUCGUCUACUUCCCCUAUGAAUACAUCUAUCCGGAGCAGUUCUCCUAUAUGCUGGAGCUGAAGAGGACGCUGGAUGCCAAGGGUCACGGAGUCUUGGAGAUGCCAUCGGGGACGGGGAAAACGGUGUCGCUGCUGUCCCUGAUUGUGGCCUAUCAGAGGACUUACCCUCUGGAAGUGACGAAGCUGAUCUACUGCUCGCGGACCGUCCCGGAGAUAGAGAAGGUGGUGGAGGAGCUCCGCAAGCUGAUAGACUACAUACAGGCCCAGACUGGGGACAAGAUCAACUUCCUGGCUUUGGCCCUGAGCUCCAGACGUAACUUGUGUGUGAACCCAGAGGUCAGCGCUCUCCGCUUUGGGAAGGAGAUUGAUGGGCGAUGCCACAGCCUGACGGCUUCCUUUGUGAGGGCGCAGAGACAGCGGGACCCCAGCCUCCCCUCCUGCCGCUUCUACGAGGAGUUUGAUGCCAUCGGCAGGGAGUCUCCUCUUCCCCCUGGGGUUUACAAUCUUGAUGAUCUGCGGACCCUGGGGAGGCAGCGCGGCUGGUGUCCAUACUUCCUGGCCCGCCAUGCUUUGUCUCAGUGUAACGUCAUCGUGUACAGUUAUCAUUACCUCCUGGACCCCAAGAUCGCCGACCAGGUGUCCCGCGAGCUCGCCAAGAAGUCCGUCGUCGUCUUUGAUGAGGCACAUAACAUUGACAACGUCUGCAUCGACUCCAUGAGCGUCACCAUCACUCGCCGAAGCCUGGAGCGCUGCCAGAGCAACAUCGACACCCUCAACUCCGCCAUCCAGAAGUGAGGAGGCGGGGCAAGGAGAGGGAGGCGGAGUGAUGAUGGAGG